AUGUCCACGGUAUCAACAACUGAUGGCGACGGCCGCAACACACCAACUCCAUCUACCAUCGCCGAGGGUGGCCACGACACAAUUGUGACCGAGGCGGUGCCCGGCCCUGACGAGGUAUUCGUCAUUCGAAACCGAGAGAACGGAAUGGCCAUUGCUCUUGUCGACGGACAGUUGCAGCUGUGCGAAGGCGUCACCGCCCCUGGAGGGUCUCACUGGCGAUGCGUGGAGAAGGAGGGAUGGCUGGGGUUCCGCAACUGCGUAUCGGGGACCUACAUCGGCCACGACGGGGAAAAAAAGUUCAUCGCAAAAGUCAGUCAUCACUAUCCCCACGAGUACUUCUGCGUGCGGCCGCACCCGCAGAAGGGGGGAUACGAGCUCUUGAUGAGACACGGGAAUGAGCUGUGGAGGAUGAACGUGGGGAGUGAUGGAAAAUCGUUGGUGGAAACGAAGCACGACGGAGUUACCUGGGAUUUCUUCAAGACUCAACAACAACCAAUUGUUUAG